AUGUCGGACCCGCCAACGGAGCCCGCGCCUCUACAGACUAUGACAACAGAUGUCCCUACCAUCGUCGAACCAGAUGUAGACGCAGAAGAACGCGGCCGACUCAAGCGACGUAGGCAGUCGUCACAGCACUCUCCACGCCGUGCAUCCUCACCAUCUCGCGGCCACGAUCGCCGCAGCGGCUCCCGAUACAGAGAGCAUCACCGCAAACACCACCGACCUUCGUCUCCGACGUCUUCUAUCUCUCCGCCGACAUCCGCCCAGAAGAAGACUAGAAGGCGCAGUGAUGCCGAGCCGGAUCAUACAUUCCGGGGGCGGGCUCGCAACAGAAGUGGUAGCAGAGGAAGGACUAGGAGUCCAUUGUUAGAAGCCGAUGAUGCUUGCGUCGAAAGCGACGAAGAUGAAAGGAGAUUCCGAAAGAGAAGUGCACCGCCCAGUCGGCACAGGGGUGAAGAGACGGAUGAGGGUGGUGCGGUUCGGCGACAGAGAAGUUAUCCGAACCUCUAUAGGGAAGACAGGAGAGACUCCAAGGGCGAAGGCGAAGACGAAGGAAAGACGCACGCAGUGGACGUUGUGAACUCGACAGAAGAAAGCGCGGCGGUGCCCCACUUGACGGACUAG